CAAUGAAGGCGACUUGAAUUUGAUUUUGAAGGUCGACUUCACACUUGCCCCUUGACUCUGUUUUGCCAUAGCACACGAAUCUCAGGCCCGACAGUAUACUAAACUCCUCGCUCUUACACAGAGACAGUAGAAGAGCAUGCAUGUUCAGUCUCCUCAAUACUUUGGAGGGUCUGCGCCGCUAGACAUCCCUAUCGGACUCUUUCCUUCCAAACAACAUGCAGGACCGAGGCUGCCAAUCGAUUGGAAGCGCCAAGCACAAGCUGCUUGGCUAGGCUCCGAUGAGCGCUUGAGAGAUAGGAAGGGCAAGGCGAAAGAGGCGGAUGCAGACGCAGACGAGGAUGAGGACGAAGAGGAUGCUUGGGAAAGGCCAACAGCUCCUUGGGCGUGUGCGAUGGUCGCAUGGCGAGAGACGAGAGCAGAGAAGCGCAAGAGACCAGUAGCAGGUGGCGACACUGGUGUUAUAGCGCCAGCUGACGGGCAACUUGAGGAGUACGAAGAACAGGAGCAUGUCGCCCUUGGUACAGCUGACGGUUCGGUCUGGCUCUUCGAGAUGAGCCGUGCUCCGAGCGGCAACUCGCAGCAGGCGCGGAUUUUCGAGCAAGAAGAAGCAGGUCCAUCGGUGCGCGCAUCAGGCUGGUAUGAACGAAGUGGAGGAGUAGCUUUUGGCAAUGGAAAAGUCGAAGGCAGCACAAACCUGCACCUGCGAGCUGCAUCCCCCACGCCCAGCUUUCAAAGCGGCACAUCCAGCGCGUCAAGGCGACAUCAUCAUGCGCCUGGCGUCGGUCUAUGGGGAGGAGCUCCGUUUGCGGGUUUCUCACCUACCAGUCCAAGUCGAUCACCCGGACCGAGCUCCCUGUUGGGCGCAGCCUUGUCUCCCACCUCGACGCACGCCAACGACGAUCAUCAGCAUCCUCAACCACUCUCCGCCACUUCCAAUCCGGCUCAGAGUCGGGUUGAAAUCGUAGAGGCUAGCGUGGAGGGAGAACUGGGCAAAGGAGAUCGGGCAGAAGAUAUGCUGGAAGCUCAAUGGCACGCUGGACAAAGAGGUGGAAUUAGGGGCGCUUUGGGCUUGUCUCCUAAUCUCUCACAUCAUCAUCAUCAUCAUCACAACGCGCAUGCAAGAUCUGGAGAUGGAUCACCCGUACCUGCUUCGAGAAGCAGGGAACAGUCCAAUGCGUCCCCUGCGCCUUCCCAUAUGCGUAGGCAUUUUGUGGAGGAUGUCAGAGAAGAGCCUCGCGAACAAAUAACGGGGACCGAGACGAAGCCUACUGCAGUGCCACGAAACACUAGCUCUGCCAAGGAGGCGGGGGACUUCACUGAGCAGCUUCAUCCUCGUCGUUCUCUGCAGACACCUUGCCGCUCUCGAAUCAGCGGCCUGCAGUACAUCUCUUCGUCCAGACUGCUCACCUUGCAGUCAUCUGGUCUGCUCACGCUCUGGUCCACAGGAGACGCCAAGCUGAUCACCUCUACAUCGCUCGUACCAUCCCUGACUGGAGCGGUGUCAGACACGUCAAACUCGGCGGUCCCUGCUACAACAGCAGGGAGCAGGCCGCUUGCUGCGCUUGCGAUGCUGAGAGGAAGCAGCUCGACGCCUACCAGGGUCAGAACACCUUUGCCCAACGUACCCGCCUCAGGCAGCGUGUUGGCCACUGAGACAAAGGCGCCUUACUACGCGUCACUACGCCGCGUCUACGUACGCGACGUGCAAAAGACAUCAAACGGCGGUGGUGCGACACAUUUUGGUGAAAGUUCCUCACCGAGUUCGGCAGAGCCUCAGCAGCUCUUCUCAGCUUGGGAUUCGGCAAGAAGGCUGCUUGCUGUCGUCGACAUCGAUCGUAAAAAUCUUGCUCUGCGAGUACGUCUAACGCACGCCUUUCCGGACGCUGUUAGCGCACCAGCAAUACGUCUGGUCAAUCAGUCCAACGCAUAUCUGGAAUGUUUCUACGUCGAUGACACGGGCACGUUGCACCUGGACCAUAUUCACUCGCCUCCGCCAACAUCUGGCUCCGAGUCAUUGCUGGCCGAUGAUAGCAAGUCAGGCGCGUUUGAAGCGGCAGCCGCCUUCUUUCGACGAGACUUUUCGCUGUCGAGGAGCAUCACGCCCGAGCCUUCCGCAAGCGCCGCGUCGGACUCGAUGGAACCUUUACCUUCCAAGUCCAAGCUUUCCGGCUCGAAUGGGCUUUCGACAGAGGCGGGUCCAGAUCAUGGACCCGGAGCUCCGCUUGUGGCGCCAUCGGCAAUCAGACCUGCUUCUUCGUCCCUACUGGUGCCCAGGUCGGGAAGUUCCACACCCAUCGUUCCUCCUGGUCACAAUCACGCGUCUCCCUUUGCGGCAGGUGCUGCAGCGUUCUUCAGACGGCACGAAAGCGCAAAUCUGAGCAACAGCAAUCUUGCACAGUCCCAGCUCGAAUUGCCUUCUCGAAGAGAGUGGAAAGGUAUUAUGAUACUUGGCAAGAAGGUAGAAGGGAUCAGAGUAGAUCAAAGCAAGGGAGAUACGAUUUUGACCAAUGUACUGGGAAGCGCUGCGCUGAAUUUAGACUCGGGUACGAUUGGUCCAGGAACGGCAAGUCACGACCAGGACGGAAUACACGUCCAUUGGUAUGAUCGCGAAAUGUCUCAAAGUACUUCGAGCGAGCCCACCCUAGCUGUGGGGACCAUUCGCGAGCCAAAGCUGGAAGUCGCCGUCGAGUUCGACAGACUCGUCUUGAAGUGUGGCAACUCCCACCUGUGGCAGAGUGAAUUCCCCGAGUUGCCCGCUGUCACAGCCAUCUUACCGCUGAGCUUGGAAAGAGUCGUCAUAGUCCUAGCAAGUGGCCAUGCCAGGCUUCUGCCGCUAUUGGAUCUGAUUGCGGGCCGAACAAGCGCUUUGCAAGCGCGAGACGUCGAAAAUGCACCCCGGGCAAACGGGAUGGUGAUCGAUGGACUGAGAACUGUUGCGAACCCGCGGAACAAUGCCAAGCACGUGUUUGGGACAAGCAAACAAGGGGACUUGGUGGUCUGGGAAGCUUCCACUCUUGCCCUUCAGGCAGAAUGGAAUUUGUUCGGGACAAACGUGUCCGAUAUCGCUUCGUUUUCUGCAGCUCCGCAUGCUCGCCUCCAGGGAUGCGUGGGCGUGUGCUCGAUGGAUGGGACGCUGGCCAUGAUUUUGCUGGAUGGCCUCAAGUUGCUCUAUCUCGUUCCAGGACGAGGCACGGCCAUUCAAUGCGUCGCUGUCCGCGGAGAUGACCUCCUGAUACAAUACGCUGAUGGCAGAGCUCGUGUAUGGGAUCUCGGAACCCACGAGCUCCGGCGCAGCAUAGGCGCCGAGCAGGCGCGCGCCUUGAUUGAGGAUGAAGUCAAACAGCCCUGGUGGAUAAUGUACCUUGGCGCUACAAAAGUGGCCCGCGACACCGCCAGGGCUGUACAGGCAGCGCAAGCUGGUCAAUCUGUCGGACAACUGCGAGAAAGAGGCGCCAACGGUGUCUUGUCGCCUCUGCCUGUCUUGACGACAGAUUGGAUGCCGCUCGUUGCGGAUUUGAGAGGAGCGAUCAAGGCGGCCUCGAAAGCCGUACUUACAGAUGCGAACGACAGUGGACCUGUUGGCCUGCUUGCCGACUGGGAACUUGACACGAUGGGACGUAGCACGACGGUCGCGGGCAAAGCUGCUUCCGCUUCCGCCCACAAACGAGCUCCGCGCAUCUUGAGCCCCUUUUUGGCAGCUUUGCUUCCAAUUGGAACCUCGCGAGACCUCGAUAUAGCCGCUGCUGAGAUCUUGGGCGAGGAGCUGACCAGUAGAGCCAGCGUUGUGACUGGAUCAUUUUCUGAUCCGUCUUUCCUUGCUUGGAGCUGCAGCAAGGGAUACACACCCACGGAACUGCGACCUAUCCCGGCACUGUGUCUCGUUACGAUCCUGAACAUCCUGAGUCGAGUGACAGAGGUGCAAGAAGCUGCCAAUCGCCUUUCUUCAUUGUGCGUCAGGCUCUUUGCAACGUCAAGCCUGGAGCAGCUUCGAUCUGCGCUGCCAGUGAUUGCAAUGUAUCUUGUCGACUCCAGCCCGGAUGUCCAGCAAGCUGCUACCGUGCUCUUUGACGCUAUUUUGGAGGCAUUGCCGCAAGCGGCCAUCGAUGGACUCUGCGACGAGUGGCAGCCACGAUUACCGCCCCAGACCAACGAAAGCUGGCCUGUUCAGGAGCCUCUGGCGGUCGCAUUAUUAGGUUUCAUAGCAGUGCGAAAGUACAAGCUGCUUUCGCCUGCCUUGCUCAAGGACGUUUCGAGCUGCAUCUCACUCUAUCUGUCCGAGUCUGCCAGCACCCCUGAAGCAACGCACCACCAAGCCAUAGCUAUCGAACUGUGUUGUCAAGGAUUUGUGAUCUGGCAACACUACCUUGACGCGAUGGACGUUGUCCGCUCGUUGUUCAGCCUCGCAACUUACAAGGAUCCAGCCUCGGCAACAGGUGGUGGCGAUGCUGCGCCGCCUCUUGCUGCUGUGCCAGACAAUUCGGCGAAUCGCUUGCUAGCGAGACAGGCCACGUUGCAGAUUGCUGUCGACAAUACCCCGCUGUUCAUGACCACCCUGUCUUUGGACAUCCUACAUGCCCGCUCGCCUGCUCACUGCAGCGCGACGAUGAGGCUCGUCGCUUUCAUGGUUCGUCGGAAACCUUUGAUCCUUUAUCCGAAUCUACCACGGCUCGCAGAAGCUGUCGUCAAAUCUCUUGAUCCGACGCAGACAGCGAUGCGAGAGGCUGUGGUGCAAGCUGCGACAGUGAUGAUCUCGGAGCUGGUGCGCACGUACCGGACGAUCUCUUUUCACGCAAAGAUGCAAAGGCUUGCAGUAGGUACGCAUGAAGGUGCAGUGAUCAUGUACGACCUCAAGACGGCGACGAGGCUUUAUGUUAUCGAGGGUCAUCGAGCGGGCCUUUCGGCACUUGAUUUUUCGCCUGAUGGGAGACGUCUGAUCACCGUCAGUCUGGGUGACUCCAAAGCUUUAAUCUGGAAAGUUGGAACUAGCCUCGGAAGCUUCUUCACCCCCGGAACACUGCCUCGGCAAGGCGGAACGGAUGAGAGCGGAGCCUACAAGGCCAUCGACUUUAACAUUGGACAUGCGCUCAAUGCUCUGCCUACCGAAUCUUUGGAGGCCGUAUCGCUCGAGUGGCAGGGAGACCGCGGAGUGCGCUUGAACGUGGGAGACGCCAGCAUGUCCUUCUCGGUCGCUUAGCGUUGGCCUUUCUCGGCACUUUUAUACCACUUGCCUGUUGUGACGGCGAGCUCUAUCUCGUCUUUUCUCUGUACUAGUAUCUUGCAUUCCAUCAACCUUGUGCUUGGAGCCCCUUGGUGGCGAAGCGUCGAUGCAGUGAAGACAUGCAGUAUCUUCAGCAACGUACGGUGAUCAGAGAGAAAUGGAUUACUCUG